AUGGCUGCUAUCGUUGCUUCAUCUUCCGCGUGGUGUUGCGUUGUCCGAAGACUCUACUGCCGCCGGGACUACUCCCGCGCAAGCCCACAGUUCAACGAAGGAACCGAACCCAUCAACUACAAUAAAACCUCUGCCCUGGCCGCCUGCCUUUCAGACCUCUCACCGGCACCACGCCCUGAGUUUGGCAGUCAAGACUACGCCGAACAAGAUCCUGGUAUCGCCUCGCGCUGCUGUUAUCUGCCUGGUCCGCUCGACAACAGCUUGUCCGAAACCUAUUCGGAUUCUCCGCUCCUCGACUUCCAGGAGGUAUUCUUGCUCCGGCAUCUCAUCGGCAACCUUGGGCCAUUGGUAACAGUGUCAUUGGAAGGAAGGACUGCCCAGCUGAUAGAAUUGGUUCGGUACGAGCAACAUGGACCGUCAUUUUACAAUUAUCGUCCCCAACAACCAGUCCUCUGGCCCGUUCUUCGCUAUGCGAUCUACACAGAGUGCGCCAAACACCCCAUUCGACUGGCGCAUUGCAAAGGAGGGCCUGGGCUUACUGCGUCCGUUGACCGAAUGCCGCUGCGCAAUGUCACUCCCGAGACGGCAACGACGGAGGGAAUGUCGGAGUUCAAGAACAAUCCUCCUCGGCGAGGUUGUGGCAAAGCGAUGUCACAUUGA